CCAUGACAGGAAGAUGAAAAUCUUGAACACAUUGGAAAAACCAGUAUACCUAGAUAAGUUCACAAAGCUUAUCUUUUCCUAUGCUGAACAUGUUUCAAGUGCCAAGUUCCAAGAAAUUGUGGAAUAUCUCCAUAAGUGUGCUGAGGACUUCAGAGAAGCAACAAGACUUGAUGCACGGAGGCAAUUUUUUAUUGACCUAUUCCAAGUUUGUGAUCGUGGCAAGGUUGGUGUCUUGAAUAGAAAAAAAAUACUGUCCCUGCUGAGACACUUCUAUGACAGAAGGUCCACGAGUCAUAAGUUGCAACUCUGGAACCCCAGAGAAUGGCCAAUAAUUGAGCUGCAAGAUAUUAAUCUUAUUGAUUUCUGGGGAAGCCUUGAUGGCCAGGAAGUUUGUGAGGAAGCCAGUGUAAGUUUGAUCUGGUCUGAAACGGAAAUUUCUGAGACAGAGAAUUUAGAAUAUGAAUCUGUAGAUGAUGAUAGGCAAGAGACUGACAGAAUGAGCACCAGUGUUACAGAAGGAGCUGUUGAAGAAAAGGACAUGAGUGAAACUGAGACUGGAGGAAUUUCCAAGGAGGAAAAUGAAGCAGCAGAGCCAAGUGUUCCUGAAGUGAGCAAGGAAGGUGAGGAUGCCAUUUCAGCAGUGGACAGCACUGGCCUUGAAGCUGCUGAUUUGGAUGGAGAGCCUGGAUCUGGAAAAUCAGAGGAAGCCAUCCUGGGUAGUGAGCCUGAGACAGAAACGAAAGCAGAAGAAGGUUAUACCUCAGACAGGGAACCUGGAUCAGAAGGGCACGUGAGUCGAGAGGGCAGUGGAGUUACAGGAGCGUCACAUGAAGGUACAAGCACAGGAGCCUCAGGAGAGGGAGCUGUGACAGACACAGAUGCCACUGAUUCCCAACAGGCUAUGAAAGAAACCUCUGCAAGCGAGAGCCAGUCUGACCAACAGACAACCUCAGAGACAAGACUGCAUGACCAGGACUCAGCUUCCAGUGUGGCAGAGAUUCAGGACCAUCAGGAUCCUUGCAGCUUUGCUGCAAGCUGCCUCACCCUGCCACAGUUUGUACAGCUCAUGGACAAUUUUGUUGGUGAAGACAUUUCUCUGCAUACUUUGAAGAGGCUUAUUGCAUUUAUGAAAAGAGAAUUCAAACAGACAGCAGAGGAAAAAAUUAAACAACGAGAAAAAAUUCACCGCUUCUCUCACGUGGCCCAAAGGAAACAUCUUUUGGAGGCACUGUUUGAAAAGUGGGACAGUAAAGCAUGUGGGUCCCUGGACCUGGAAGAGGUGAUUACUGUUCUGAGCACAUUCAAGGGACACAAGGGAAAAGAGGCCUUGAUGGAGGCAAAGGAAGAGAUUUGCUCCCGAUACCCACAGCUCAGUAAAGUGGGGAAGAUAACCCCAAAGGCAUUCCAGAUUUUCCUUGAAUUAAUUGCUUCCAAGUUCACUGGCAAUGAGGAUGAAACUAUGGAUAACUUGGUGAGUUUCCUGACCACAAGUGUGGAACAAAGUCACAUCAAGAGCUUACAAAGCUCAGCCAGGAGGAAAUGGCUGCAGGAUAUCCAGAAAGCGGCUGAGACCAGCGGAACAAACAUGGAACCAGUGUACAAAGCAGUGAUCAAGGCCCUGUACCAGGACAUGGAAGCCCACGGGAAUAACAAGACAAUCAGUGCAUACAUUGCCCUUUUGGAGGAGAACCAGCUCUCCCCAGAGCAGGGCCAGGUUCUCCUGCGCUACAUGGCCUGCACCGCAGACAAUGCUCCCUACAUCCUCAACAGAGUACUGCACAGAGAGAUGAAAGGAAUCAGCUUUGCAGUGAUUGACCAGGGAAAGCCAAUCUAUGUUCCAAGAGUUCAGCACCACGGAAACAUCCACUUCUGGAGCUCUGAUGACCCUGAGGAGGAGAAGAAAGGUUCCCUCCUGGUGCUGCCCCUGCAUGAUACUCAUUGGAGAGUUUUUGGCAUUCUAGGACUUGACACUCUUUGGGACCAGACUCAUACAUCCAUCUUUCUGACCCAUGAGAUCACUUUCUAUGAGGGAGUUUGCCAUGCAUUCAGCAAAGCCUACCACCACAUCUGCAUGAGGGAACAUGUCCUCCAAGUGGCUGUCACUGCUCUGGACUGGCUGUAUCCCAGGACACCCAGCAUCCACUCUGUCACCAUCUAUCUGGUGGAACCUGGCACAGACAAGAACUAUGUUCUGUGCAAGAUGAUCACUACAGAUAACACAGGACAAAAGGAAAUCCACAAGUCUCCCGUUGUUCUCCUCAGAGAGGAAAACAUCCUCAGAGGUUACCUGUUCAAGUGCACAGACAGUUCAGAGGUCACUCUCACUUCUAUCUAUGGAGAACACCACAUUGCAGUACCCCUCCAUGACCUAGCAAGACACACUCUCGGCAUAUUUGAUAUCAGCAUCGGCGAGAACAAGAAAUUGCCACCUCAGGAACAGAAAGACCUGCAGAAAAUGCUAAAGAUGGCCCAAGCUGCCUGCUCAGAGAUCCUGCAGAGGUUUCUAGAGGAAAGAGAACCAACACAAGUGCUGGAGGCAGAACAUGUGACAAAUGUGAGGCACGCAGGGAUUCUGUUCCACCGGUUCAUGCUGCAGGAUCUGCGUGAGUGUGUCCUGAAACUCGGUGCUGAGAGCUUUGAUGGAAUAAAGAGCUGGGCAGAACCCCCAGCUCUGGUAUACGAGGUGCUUAAGGCAGUGCUGCUGCUUUUGCAUCCAGACUGGAAGGGCUCACAGGACACUGAGUGCUGGACUCACUGUAAAAUGAAACUCGAUGACAAUUUGAUUCAGGAGAUUUAUUGCUUUGAUCCAACUGCUUCAUCUGUGCAAGUUGAAGCAGAGCUGCUGCUGGACCUCAUCACUGGUUUCCCUCAAGCAGCAGAGUGGCAGCAGUUCUCUCUUCCAACCCAAUACCUGUACCAGUGGCUUCACACCUGCCUGGCGCUCAUGGAGAUCACAAAGACCCAACACGCUGAACAAAACCAUCCUUAGCCCCU